UCCUCUGCUGAGGCUACUUCAUCCAAACCGGUUGAUGAGGGGACUACGCUUAAAGAUACAUUUUCAGUCCCAGAGUCUUCAUUACAACCCAUGGAUGAGCCACCUUCUUCCCAGGGCGUCGACCCCCCAAACAUCGAAGCAGAAGGUAAUUCAAUUUUUCGAUGUCUUACCUUUGCUAGUGCUGUUGGUUUCUGACUUGUUGCUCUUGACUUUUGCAGAUACUCCUAUGAGUCCACCCGUUGUGGCAACAUCUUCUCGCUCAGACAAGGGGAAGUCCUCACGAAUGGAGGAGUCGUUAGUGGCAGACUUGGUUGAGGGCAUGCCAUCUUCCACGAUCGUUGAUGAGGAUGCUGACAGGAUUGCGCCGCAGCUACUGCUUCUGCUUGGAAUGGAAAUAUGGAAUUGGAAGGAAGGGUUUGCACUUCCCCUUUGCUUGCUGUCGGUUUCAAAUGUUGGGGAAUAG